AUGCGUUCGCUUAUAAGGCUGGUGGCUGCCGGUCUGCUUCUCUUUCUUAUAUCCUGCGAGGCACUGCCACUACACCCAUCCCACGACAUUGGGCUUCGAAAAGAUUCCCAACCGGGCCACUCGUUGGUUGGAGACGAAGCUGCUUUGGCGUGGAAGAAGGUUUUAUGCCAGCUCAUGCACCCUGGUGACAGCAAACUCCAGAUAGAAGCCACUGUCAGAGAAGAAAACACUGCUGAAACGAACCAAAACGACGACCAAAUGGUGUGUUAUAUCCUCCCCACCCCCGUUGCUCUCUCUUCCCCUCCAGCUGUAUCAGAAGACAGUUUUGGAGGUAGUGGUGGUAUGCUGACCGGUCGACGUCUAGAUCUUGAAAACCGAAUCAGAGGUGCAGGGGGCAGAUGGCAAACCUGCCGGCUGGAACAUAAGACCGAGCCAUACUCCGUCGGUAUCUCCCUCUCAGACAUCUGGGUACUCUCCCGAUGCAUCUGGGGUCAUCGCAAACUCCCCGCGUUUACGACGUCCUCCCCAGAUGACUCAAUGGAUACGCUGCAGCAGCCCAGAUUGUACUCACAUAGCCCAAGACUUCAACGGCAUAACCAGGGUCGCGGCCGUAUCGAAUUCCUAACACCAGGAAUAAUAAUCACAGGCGUAGUUAUACUGCUCCUGGUCACCAUCGCUUUCUUCGAUUUCAUGCAGUGGAUUCACCUCUACCGUCGACGGUCAAAAUCACGCCGAAGGUCGACCCUGGCCAUCCUUAUCGUUGGAGACAAGCCAGGCAACGACCUCACGUUCUGUGAUGAAGACGACUACCACAGUCGGAAAGUCAUGAAUGUAUGA